UACAUCAUCACUCAUUCAUCGCUCACUCACCCUCAUACCCACACUCCCACUCUGCGACCACCUUAUCUAGCUCCUUCUGCAAGCUCCUGCAUCCAUCUCAGCUGCAGCUCGAAGCUCGACCAGGAUGAGCAAGCCAUCGAGGUGCAGGGCAGUGCAGACGCAGGUCGCCCUGCUCCUCCUCUUGCUCGUCGCUGCCUCCCUGCUCCAGGCCGGCGACGCUGCUUCAGGGUUCUGCGCGGGCAAGUGCGCGGUCCGGUGCGGGCGGUCGCGCGCAAAGCGGGGGGCGUGCAUGAAGUACUGCGGGCUGUGUUGCGAGGAGUGCGCCUGCGUGCCGACGGGGAGGAGCGGCAGCCGCGACGAGUGCCCCUGCUACCGCGACAUGCUCACCGCCGGGCCCAGGAAGAGGCCCAAGUGCCCGUGAUCCUCGUCGGUCGACCGUCUGAACGGACCACCGGCUUCAACCCCCAUCCUACCGAGUACCGACAAGAGUAAUGGCUGUGUGAUAUUGGACGCGCGUGCUUAUGUAACUUCCCUGUGCUGUGUGCUCGUGCUAAAUAUUGGUAUGAUACGUAGACGUACUCUACUAGCUGGGAUCCUCGAGUGAGUGAGUUUGCUGCCUGUAAAUUAACAAGUGUGUGUGUGGCUACCUGUGUACUCCCAUGUGGUUGUAGCACGUACUCGUAGUAGCUAAUUGUUCUCCGUGUGUCACUGUAUGAGUGUACACUGAAGCAGUGUGGCUAGCUGAGGCCUGCGGGCCAUGUAUGUAUGCCAAUGCCACGUAGCAUGCGCACCGAGCUUACAAGUAGCAAUGGAAUGGUCAUGUCGCCGUCUUUGUAACUUUGUAAGUGCCAUCGUGCAUAUCUUUACUCCUAAUGGAGCAGUUGGUAAUCUUUGCCGGUCAA